CGUCCACAUUGUUUAAGCUGUGGCUGACUUCUUCAGCCUGUCAUACAUACCUGGACCCCCCCCCCGUCUCAGACAAUGGGCGUCACCAAUGCGCCGCCGGUGGCACUGACAUGGUCGGCAUAUUCGGCCUCAAGAGCCCGGACGGACUUGCGAAGCAGGGGCUUGUUGCUCGCCAUGGCCUGGCUCAUCGUGUACGGCCAUGAUAUGGUAUAAAGGACCUACGUCGUCCGGUUCGAUGACGGCGCCCGACAUAGAUAGCUACAGCAGAUCGGAUACCCAGGUACGAAUACAGUAGGAAUAACCAGACACGCUGUGCACGGUGCCAUUGCAGGAGCAAAAUCAUGCCUCUUUCGCCGCAACACCAUGCACCACAGGCGCUUCCGGAACACGAAAAGACGGACGCGGACGCCUGCUCCUCCUCCUCCUCACCCCCCUCUUCCGCCGCCGCCGCCGUCGCCGCCAAAGUCAUCAGUCCGUCCGCAGAUGACAACGGCCCUCCGGAUGCGACCAGCUUCCCGGACGGCGGGGCUCGCGCCUGGCUCGUCGCCGCCGGGGCCGCGGGCGCCUUCUUCUGCACCCUGGGCUACACCAACGCCUUCGGCAUCUUCCAGGCCUACUACGCUUUUGAGCUGCUGCCGCACGAGGGCGCCGAUCGCAUCGCCUGGAUCGGCUCCGUCCAAGCCUUUCUCAUGUUCGCCACGGGUGCCAUGGGCGGGCCGCUGUUUGACCGUUACGGAGCUUGGGUCAUCCGUCCCGCCGCUGUCCUGUACGUCUUCGCCAUCAUGAUGACGAGCCUCUGCACGCGCUACUGGCAGUUCAUGCUCGCCCAGGGUGUCCUCACCGGGCUUGCCAACGGCCUCGUCAUGUUCCCCGCGCUCGCCGCCGUGCCCCAGUGGUUUGACAAGCGUCGCGGCGCCGCCAUGGGCAUCGCCGUGGCGGGCUCCUCCAUCGGUGCCAUCGUCUUCCCCAUCAUGCUGUCUAACCUGCUCACCCGCACCGGCCUCGGGUUCGGCUGGUCCGUCCGCGUCGUCGGCUUCGUCAUGCUGCCCGCCCUGGCCUUGUCCUCCCUCGCGGUCCGCUCGCGUCUGCCUCCCCGUCGCACCCGCUUCUUCCUCUGGUACGCUUUCCGCGAUCCAAUGUACGAUCUGCUCGUCGCCGCCUUCUUCUUCGCCAUGAUCGGCAUGUUCGUCCCCCUCUUCCUCAUCCCCACGUACGCAAUCACGCGCGGCAUGGGCGAGACCCUGGCUAGCUACCUCGUGGCCAUCAUCAAUGGCGCGUCCGUCUUUGGGCGCGUUAUACCGGGCGUCGUGGGGGACAAAUUCGGCCGCAUAAACAUUCUGACGGCGGCUGCCGCCACCACGGCCGUUUUAAUCUUUUGCUGGCCCCAUGCCCAAUCUAAUGCGGCCAUCAUCGUCUUCUCUGCCCUCUUUGGCUUCUUCUCCGGCGCAAUCAUAUCAGGCGGCUCCGUCGCCGUAACUUUGUGCGUCGACCGCCCCGAGAAUAUCGGCACUUACAUGGGCGUCGGCAUGGCCCUCGCCUCCUUUUCCGCUCUCGUGGGGCCUCCGGUUAGCGGAAGCCUGGUUGAGAGAUACCAUGGCUUUCAUGAGCUCUCCUAUUUCAGCGGCGCAAUGACCUUCUUUGGCGCGCUGCUAGCUGUUCUUGCUAAGCUGAAGUCGCCUGUUGGCCUGCUUGGAAAGACAUAAAAAGAGAACACCCGAUCACGGGCGUGAUGCGUCACAUGCUCGGAGAAAGCAAGGACCGGCUCUCCCCACCUCUCAGGCGGUGGCCAGCACGUCCAAGUAGUGCACCGUGAAGCGGGUGCGUCACCUACAGAUUUAGAACAUAUCAAAAGUCUC